CCGGGGCACGAGUCCUUGGUGUUUUACGCGUGUUCCUAUAGAUUGCUCUUCUCCUGUGGCUCUAAUCCCUCCGUAGCCAUUUUGGCUCAAGCGUUCGCACGGCCGUCGCCCCGCGUCCUGGCUCAAGGGUCCGCCUCUGGCGAAAGCCUAUCGGCGCGGCCCUUCGCCCGUGGCGCGGAUGGCGGCGCCUAGAGGGGCUUGGUCGGCCCGCGACGCCGCCCUCCUGGUUGAGGCGGCGGUCCGCGGGGCCGUCUCUGCGAGUGCGCCGCGGCGCACGGUCGCGGCGGUGGCGCGGUCGGCUGCGUCGGCCACCCUUUUCGGGGUGGGCCGCGGGGCCGAGGGCGCCGUGCCGCCGCCGCCCGCUGCUGCUGCUGGUGAUGCUCGCCCUGAUCCUCCUGACCGAGCUGGCGCUGCUGGGGCUGACCCUGCGGCGCGAGCCGCGAAGCGCCGCCGCCGCCGCCAGCGCCGUGCUGCGCGGCGCGCGGCCGCCCAGGAGGAGAACAACAUGGACGUGGAGGUGGUGCCCGCUGGGGCGGUCGCUGGAGCUGCCGCUGGCGCAGCUGCUGUUGCGGCUGCAGCGGCGGCCACCGCCGACGAUGACAUGGACGACCUCGAUGACGAGUGGGCGGACGACGUUCGUCGGGCCGCCUCGGGCGCGGCGGCGGCGGAUCCCGCUGGAGUGGGAGGAGCUGCCGCCCCUGCCUGGCCGCGGAGGCUCAGGCGGAGGCCCGAACACGCCCCUGGGCGCGAGGGCCGGUGGGUCGUGGACGCGGAGGGCGCUGGCGCGGCCGGCGCGGCCGCGGGCACGGCGCUGGCACUCGCGAGGGACCCGGGGGCAAAGGGGCAGGCGGACGCGGCGGUGGCGGCGGCGGAGCCUGGCGGCGGAGCUGCUGCCUCGGUCGCGGCGGCGGGGGCGGCGGCUGCCCUCGAGGGCGCGUUCGCCGCGGCGGACGGCGUCCUGCGGAGGGCGGCCGAUUGGCGCCCCGAGGCGAGCGACGACCUUCGGCGCAUGCUGGAGGCCGUCCGCUGGCACCCCGCCUAGGCCCUACGGGCUGGCCCGCCCUUGGCGCGGGCGGCCGCGGCGCGCGUCCUCCUCCCACGGCUUCGCGUUCGAGGUCGGCGGCGGGCAGGGCUUCCUCUUCCUCGUGGCGGCGGACCCCGAGGUGGAGGUGGUGGAUCCGUGCGCUGCGCACGGGGAGCUUUGUGUACAAAAAAUGUGGCUCUAAUCCGC